AUGGCAGCUGCUUCUGACAUGGAUUUCGCACCCAGCCCCCUUCCCUCAGAUGAUGAUUGCCCUAGUAGCGAUCACAUAACAACUGUGCAAGUUCAUGUCAUCGUAGCUGUUCUCUCCAUGCUCCUCUUGCACGUCCUGGGCUCGUUACGCCGGUUGUCGAGCCACGGUCUCCUCCACACCAUCGUGGCGGGAGCCUACACGCUCUCCUUCCCGCUGGUGAGCUACACCAUCGGGCGCAUGCAAUCUUCCGACUGGUACGUCGACGACUUCGGCAUCUGGGCCGUGUUCCUGCUGCUGCUCCUCGGCAACACGGACAGCCUCACGGCCUGCCGCCUCAACGACAUCGACAACUGGAAGAGCAUCUACGUGAAGCACCUCUUCAAGGGGUUCUUGAUGGUGUACGUCGUGCUGAGGAUAUACGGCGACCGGAAAAUGCCCUACCUGGCCCCGCUCUCGGCCAUCCUGCUCGUCGUCGUCCUCAAGUGGUAUGUCAUGAUCGCUUCCAUGAGGAUGGUGAGCAAGUCCUACCUCUGCAAGAACACCAAGGUGGUCGCCGAGUACAUGAAGCAUAAGGACAACAACCUGCCCUUCGAUCCGGUGACCAUGGAAGGCUACCGGUACAUGGUCGCCGGCGAGAAACGCUGCCUCAAGCGCCCUGCUGCUGGGGGCAAACCAUGGUACAAGCAGGACGACUCCUGCUUGAAGGUCACCACCGUGGAGCAGAUCUGGCAGUGCAGGGGGAGCCUGCUGCUCCACGAUCAGCGGGGCAAGUUGCUCAAGGACCUGUGCCUCUCCAUGGCACUCUCCAAGAUGCUCAACCGGAGAUUUGCUGGCUUCGAGCUCUCAGAGGCAGAGCUCGAGAAAACCCACGACUUUGUGUUCAAAGGCCUUCUCGCCGGGGACAAGCCGCAUCAGCGGGCCUUCAGGGUCGUCGAGGAAGAGCUUGUUUUCGUCCAUGACCUGUAUUACACAAGGUACUCUUACCUCGACCGAAAGGGUCGGUUCUUUGCUCUCUGCCUGCCCGUCAUCAUGUUUGCCCUGUGCUCCUGGCUGACCUGCUGGCUCGCCAUGGAUCGCGAUAGGGUUCACCGCACCACCAUACUCAUAACCGUUGUCCUGGCAUUCCUGGAGGCAUACCAGCUGUACCUGUACAUAGCCUCAGGUUGGUUCAAGGUGGCGCUGGUACGGAGCUACGUCGCCACGCCUUUUCUGCAAAGAAGCGGCUGCUUCCUUGAGACGAUCACAGGCCUUCUCUUGAGGUUCAAGGGGUAUCGCCCAUGGAAGCGCAGGCUUGGGCAGUACUGUAUCCUCCGGGACCUUGGCCGCAAAAGCCGAGUUAGCAAUUGUCUCCACUAUGCUACACUGUUCCUGGUGAACAAGACCAAGAAGGGGCGCAAGAACUCAGUCAUGCUGUCCGAGAAUGUGAAGAAAGCCGUGGAUUCCCUACUGAGAAGCAACGGCCGGCUGACCAACGGGGUAGCAUCGCUGCAAAACAAUGGCGUCCAUGGUAACCUCUCAUGGGCAUGGGAUGCUACUGCUACCGACGGGACGACGGUGACUCGCACCAUACUGGUCUGGCACAUUGCCACGACCCUGUGCGAGCACCAUCUGGUGGAUGCACGCGACAGAGAAGACGACGCAGUCAGAACGGCCUCCGCUCUGUCUCGGUACUGCAUGCAUCUCCUGGCUUUUGCACCGAACCUGUUGCCCGGCCACAGCUCUGAAUCGGAAUCCAUGCUUGAUCGGACACUCGACGAAGCAAGCGAGUUGCUCAAAAAGGCCAAGACGUUGGAGAGAAGGUGUGACCGUGUGAGGAACUAA